UAUUUCAAAACGAAUGCGAAUUGUUGAAGUACGGAUGCAAUGUUGACGAGGCGAACGCUUACGGAUUAAUUAAUACGGAAUACUGUGAGCAAUUAUUUGGAACAGAUUACAAUAUAUCUGAUGAUUACAUGAAAAUUAGUGAAGGAAAUAUAAAUGCUCUCGUUGAAUUAAAAAAAGCAGAUCAAUGUGGUGUUAUAUGUGAUUAUACUGAGAAAAAAGAAAUAUGUGGAUUAAGGCAUGAUGGUAUUGGAUAUAAGAUAAGAUUAUUUAAAAAUAAUUGCGAAUUGACUAAGUACAAUUGCAACAAUGAUCUACCAUUUACAAUAACUGAUCUUUUUAUAUGUAAAGCUGAGUUUAAUAAUAGUAAAGAAGAUAUAAAAAGUAACAAAGCGUUUACCAAAAAUGUGUUUGAACUCAGCAAGACUAUAGCCGUUGGAGAAGAAAACCAAACCCAUAAGCAAAGUAGUGAAGUGAAUAAAGAAGGAAUCAAAGAAAGUUUGGUUGUAGUAAACAGUAAAAUGUUCGGACAAUACGAAAAUAUAAACGAUUCCAUAGAUACAUUCUUUGCUGCGUCGCACGUAUUUGAUUUGCCUUUAAAGGAAGUUCCUUUGAAUACUAGAAGGAAGUUGCUGAAAUAUGCGGGGCCGGUACAAGUAUUUGUACCCUGGAUUUCAAAGCCGGAAAACAUCAGCAACGAUACUUUUUACAGGCCAACUCUUUCUUCGUGCUACCAUAAGUGUCCUUUUAAAUGUCCAGACACCUACGCCCCGGUCUGCGGUGUCCCUGGUGUGGUAGCUCGAGAGCCGUCGCUAAUGUUCCAGAACCAUUGCUUCAUGGACGUGGCACAGUGCAAGAUGUUCUGGGAAAAUAAGAGCAGUACCUCACAUAGCUCCUCUUACGUGGAAUCCUCGUUCCUAUUCUGUAUGGGUGACGAGAUGAACGCGGUGUAUCGCUUUAUGCCCGCAAUCAGGACUCUGCAGCACAUGGGCCGUUUGAAGAAGAAGGGGAAAUUCAGGGCCAUACUGAAGAACUUCAGAUUUGUUAGCGAGUUCCGAUAUGGCCGUCCCAAGUUCAUGGGAAGGAAAUAG